AACGUGCAAAGAAGGUGCCCGGCUACGACACGCUGCCACAACGAAUGGUGAGAGGAGGCAAAACCGCGGAAAGCGAGGAGGCAAAACGUGAAAAGUGCAAUUCUCGCAGUUGUGGCGAGGAAAUUGGAGACCAAAAUAGCAAAUCCAACGACAAGCGCUUUUGUGAACGGUCAGCAGCGUCAACAAGGGGCGAAACGACCAAGCUGAUGGGCAUGGAAUCGGCGCGUAUUGUGAUAAUCGGUGCCGGCGCGGCUGGCGUAGCGGCAGCGACACGCCUCCUGCAGGCUGGCUUUGAGAAUGUAUUGCUGCUUGAAGCUGAAAAUCGCUUCGGUGGACGCGUACACACCAUACCAUUUGCGGAUAAUGUCGUCGAUUUGGGUGCGCAGUGGUGUCAUGGAGAGAAGGGCAAUGUGAUCUAUGAGUUGGUCAAAGACUGCGAUAUGCUGCAGCCGUCUGGCACAAUCUACGAUGACUACAAAUGCGUGCGUUCCAACAAAGAAGUGUUGUCCGAGGCAGUCGCCGAUGCGCUCAAGUCGGUGGCUUUUAAUUUAAUACCAGCACACCAGGAUGGCUUGCAAGGCUUCGAAGGUUCGCUGGGAACAUAUCUCACGGAGGCGUUUUGGCGCGAUCUAGAGCAGUCGCCCGAGAUCGAUAAGACUGUGGCGCGUGAAUUUUUCGAGAACUACAAAAAGUUCGAAAGUUCGAUAGAGGCAUCAGAUCAUCUAUUCGAAGUUUCAGGGCAAGGUCUUUUGGAGUAUUGGAAAUGCGAAGGAGAUAUGCUGCUUAAUUGGAAAACAAAAGGCUUCCGCAGCUUUCUGCAGUUCUUGAUGAAAGCGAAGAAAGACUCCACCGACGAUUUGGGACUGCUGAACAAGCGCAUACAGUAUAAUGCACGCGUGCAAAGCAUCGAGUGGCAAAAGUCGAGUGGCGAGGUGCAUAUACGUCUUUGGAAUGGUGAACUGAUCGAAGCCGAUCAUGUCAUCUGCACUGUAUCGUUGGGCGUGCUGAAGGAAUGCCACAAGCAAAUGUUCACACCCGCGCUGCCGCCUGCCAAAUGUCGCGCUAUUGACGGCCUCAAGUUGGGCACAGUCGACAAGUUUUUCAUAGAAUUCGAAACGCCCUUCGAGCCGCAUGACUGGUCGAGCUUUUGUUUCCUUUGGUGCGACGAGGAUUUGUUAGAGCUACGCAACUCUGACAACUUUUGGUUGGAAAGCGUUUUCGGCUUUUAUCGCGUUACUUGUCAGCCACGUUUGCUUCAAGGCUGGAUAAUUGGACCACACGCACGUCACAUGGAAACGCUACCAGAAGCGGAAGUGCUCAAGGCUUUGCUUUGGCUUUUCGAGAAGUUCUUCACUUUCGCAGUACCAAAGCCAUUGAAAUUUCUGCGCACACGUUGGUACACUAAUCCCAAUUUUCGUGGCAGUUAUUCAUUUCGCUCCAUGUAUGCAGCGGAGCUACGCGCCAACAACUGCGAUUUGGCAGCGCCGCUGAUGGAUGAAAAAAGUGGUCGACCACUGCUACAAUUUGCCGGCGAAGCAACGCAUUCGCACUACUAUUCGACGGUGCAUGGUGCGGUGGAGACUGGUUGGCGUGAGGCACAACGCCUAACUGCCUACUACUUGGGUCAUAAUUCUCAACUGUAAAAUCAUAGCAAAGCAAUAAAUUGGAUUGGAGUGAGGACGGAUGUGACAGUAAUAAUUUUGACCUUUACAGCUUUAAAAGACCUUGUGUAUGUUUUAGCUAAAACGAGAGUUUUUCUUGUGAAAAUUUGGCCAUGAUUUUGUAUUUUCUUUAAGUCAGAGAAGCUGUUUAAUGCCACACUUGAUUAACUAUUUUAAAUUACAAACCUUAACAAUAUUAGUCCUACUAGAGUAUAUUUGA